AUGGGAUUCAAACCGCCAUCUAACUGGAUCAAGUUGUAUGCGAAGGUGAAGGAAAUUCGAAAGGAACUCAUAGCUCCAGUGGACACCGUCGGGUGUUCAAAACUCUUCGAUAACUCUGCAUCAAUAGAAAUAAAAAGGUAUCAUAUUCUGCUGGCUUUGAUGCUGAGUGCUCAGACAAAGGACCAUGUUACUGCAGCAGCAAUGCAUUCGCUUAUUCAACACGGCUGUACACCCAAGACAAUAUCAGAAAUGUCUGAAGAGAAACUUGAUGGAUUCAUUUCCAAAGUUGGGUUUCAUAAUACGAAGGCAAAACAUAUUAAACAGGCAACUGAACAUAUAUUAAAACUACAUCAGGGUCAAGUGCCUCGGUCGUACGAUGACCUUAUUGCUUUACCAGGUAUUGGCCCCAAGAUGGCAUAUCUUUUCCUUCAAGAAGCUGAUGGUGUGAUACUUGGCAUAGGUGUGGAUACUCAUGUGCAUCGCAUAGCGCAGCGAUUUCAGUGGGUGCCACCGACGGUGAAAACUCCAGAGGACACGCGUAAAAAUCUUGAAUCUUGGCUUCCUCAAGAGCAUUGGGGUGAGAUAAAUGGAUUAUUGGUGGGGUUGGGUCAAACUAUAUGUUCUCCCCGUUUUCCCCGUUGCUCAGAGUGUCCAGCGAACACAUUGUGCCCAAGCGCCUUUAAGGAAACCAAGCAGAGUGAAAAACGAGAGAGGAUUAUUGAUAUUGAGGACAUUGAUAGGAUGCAAAAAAAAAGUAAGCGCCGUACACAUCGUUGA